AACGAAGAAGGUACAAUGUUGCUUUCGCCGGUGGGGAAUAGAGUUUCUGUGUUUGAUUUGGUGAAUAAUAAAUCUUUCACUCUAGAUUACGAACAUCGCAAGAACAUCGCCUGCAUUGCUCUGAAUAAGCAGGGAACGCUAUUGCUUUCUGUUGAUGUGGAUGGGAGAGCCAUUCUUGUAAAUUUUAAGGCCCGCACCGUUUUACACCACUUUAAUUUCAAAGAGAAAGUCCACGAUCUGCAAUUUUCACCUAGUGGUACCCAUUUCGCUCUGGCAGCCGGAAGAUUCGUCCAGGUUUGGAAAACCCCAGACGUUGCUGAAGACCGUCAGUUUGCGCCCUUUGUUCGCCAUAGAGUGUAUGCAGGACACUACUCAGACAUCACGUCCAUUUCCUGGUCUGGCGAUUCCAGAUACAUUUUGUCAACCAGUAAAGACUUAACAAGCAGGAUUUUCUCAUUACACAGCGAAGAUCGGGACGUGAAAAUGACUUUGGCAGGACACAGAGACCACGUUAUUAAGGCGUUUUUCGACAAGGAUCAGGAACUAAUAUACACUAUAUCCAAAGACGGAGCUCUUUUCAGAUGGGAGUACACAGAAAGACCUGGAGAGGAGGAGCUGGCUGAAGAUCAGAAACACAUGAGCUGGAGAAUUAUCUCGAAGCACUUCUUCUUCUCGGACCACAACGUUAAAUGUGCCACGUUCCAUGCUCCAUCCAACCUGCUCAUUGUCGGCUUCUCCAACGGAGAGUUUCGCCUGUACGACCUGCCUAGUUUUACCAUGCUCCAGCAGCUAUCGAUGGGAUUCAAUGCCGUCAACACUGUUGCUAUUAAUUCGACGGGAGAGUGGGUCGCUUUUGGGUCUAAGAAACUCGGACAGCUGCUUGUUUACGAAUGGCAGUCAGAGUCGUAUAUUCUCAAACAACAGGGACAUUUUGAUGCAAUGAACUGUCUUGCGUAUUCUCCAGAUGGCAGCCGAAUUGUAACCGCCUCAGACGACGGAAAAAUCAAGAUUUGGGACGUUGUUUCUGGAUUCUGUCUGGCCACCUUUGAGGAGCACACUUCUGCUGUGACCCAGGUUGUUUUUGCAAAGAAGGGCCAGGUGAUGUUUUCCUCGUCUUUGGAUGGUACAGUUAGAGCAUGGGACUUGAUUAGAUAUAGAAAUUUCCGCGUGUUCACGUCCACCACCAGAAGGCAGUUCAGCUGUCUUGCGGUUGAUCCGAGCGGAGAAAUCGUUUGUGCGGGCUCGCUUGACGAGUUUAACAUCCAGGUUUGGUCCGUGCAGACAGCACAGUUACUUGAUCAACUGGCUGGCCACGAAGGCCCAGUGUCGUGUUUGAGCUUUGGCAGCGAGGGUUCCCCAUUGCUUGCCAGUGCGUCGUGGGACAAAACGAUCAGGAUUUGGGACAUAUUCAGCAGAACCCAGACAAGUGAGCCUUUUGAUGUGCUACACGAGUGUCUGUCGUUGGCCAUGCGGCCAGAUUCCAAGGAAGUCGCUGCCUCGACGCUUGACGGACAAAUCACGUUCUGGGACGUGCAGCAGGGAAAGCAGGUGAGACAAAUUGACGGAAAGAACCAUAUAGUAGCAGGCCGGUACGUGGAAGACCGCUUUGUUGCUGCCAAUUCGGCAAGAGGCAAAUAUUUCUCCACUAUCGCCUACAGUUUUGACGGACUGUCUAUGGUUGCUGCCGGAAACAAUAACUCGAUAUGUCUUUAUGAUCUUCCCAAUGAAGUGCUUCUUAAGCGGUUCACAGUCUCGCAGAAUAUGCAAUUAAACGGAACAUUGCAGUUUUUGAACUCAAAGAACAUGACUGACGGUGGGCCGCUUGAGCUCAUAGACGACGACGGAGAACUGUCCGAUUUGGAGGAGAGAAGACGUACCGAUUUCUCGCUGCCAGGGUCCAAUAGAGGAGAUCCGUCGGCAAGAGCCUCGCGGCCCGAGAUUCGAGUCACUAGCGUGCAAUUUUCUCCAACGGCCAACGCGUUUGCCUGUGCCUCCACCGAAGGUCUUUUGAUUUACAGCGUGGACGACAGUUUGGUGUUUGAUCCGUUUGACUUGGACGUGGAUGUGACCCCUGAAGCCACACUUGCAGUGUUGAAGGACGGGGAAUAUAUGACUGCUCUGGUGAUGGCAUUCAGACUGAACGAGACUUAUCUAAUCCACAAGGUUUAUGAAGCCAUCAAGGUCGGUGACAUUCCGCUCGUUGUGCGAGAUCUGCCCUUGGUAUAUGUGGAGAAGUUGUUUUCGUUUAUCGGCUCGAUUUUGAUGGAGAGCCAGCAUAUCGAGUUCAAUCUGAUGUGGAUUGCUACCAUUUUACGCGUGCAUGGAAAAUAUAUCACAAAGAACAGACAACAAUUCGUGACCUCGAUGCGUUUGGUUCAAAGAUUCCUGAACAGAGUGGCCAAGGACGUGGUCAAGGCCGGCGUCAGAUCCGAGCAAUUCUACUCUUAUCUUAGUUCAGACAAGAAAAAGCCCGCCACGCAGAUCGAUGGACAUGAAGAUGGCGGAGUUCUAGAGCGCACGUCUGACUUGGACUCGGACCAGGAAUCGGACCAGGAUGAGAUGCAUGAUUCAGAAGACGACGGAUGGUUUGGUCCCGGAGAGCAAAAAGAGCUGUCCCUACGAUUUGACGGCUCAGAUGAUGAAGAUAUAUAAUUUCGGCAUUAUAGUUAACGGAUUUCUCCGCG